AUGAAUUGAGUGAGUACUGGCCGAACUACUGGUUGAAGAUCAAAUCAAAGCCAAACUAAAUGAUCUGCUGUGUAGGUAUAUAUCUCUAUGCCAUGCCAUGUGCUCUUGUUCCAAGUUUCAACCAAUUAUUUCACUCUUCUUUUGUUUUAUCCACACAUUUUCAUCAUUUGACAAAGCCUGGGAGUGCUAAGGAGGUAGACCGGAGCUCGAUUUCAUACAACUGCGCUUGGAGACAACUAUGUUAAGCAUUGGAUCUCUGCAGGUACCAGGUGCAUGUUCCACUCCUUGCCACUAAUAUGCGAUUAAAGUCCAAUUUACCUUCUCUCAGUGACUGUCCGAUCGAGUCUGAGGGGCGAGGGGGGCUCAUCCUUUUUUGUGUGUAAAUAAAUAAAAUUGCGUAGAAAACAAAUCCCGUCCAAAUCAUUUUAUAACACUAUUUCAUUAUUAGAAUUUUUGUUUGAAUUUAAAUUUUUUAUUUUAUGUGGGAAUGUUGGGAAAGCAAAAAAAUUAAAUAUCAUGCCUUGUAUGAGACAACAAAAAUAACAACUUAAUUGGAUCCCACCAAAGUAUGUAGGGUCUGAACUGGGUGUGUGUAUGCCGAGUUUGGCGCCCCUUCUCGAAAGUAGAGAGUUUACUUUCAAGAGACCCCGGCUAAAGUUGCAUAGGUAAGAAGGAAAAAGUAAAAACGAUGGUUAAAAUGCUAAACCACAAGCUAAAACAUUGUGGCGACUCCAUGUUUAAACAAAAGUUUUGUUAAUCAAGCGAGAAGACAAUUGAACUCAAAAUGACCCGUUAAAAUAAAACAAAUCUAAUCGAACUCGACUUGAAUGGCUCGCAAAAGUAUAUGAUAUUUUUCUAAAUGAUGUACUCUAUACAUUAUUAGCAUGAAAUAUAAAGCAAUAAAAAAUAAUGGCAUCUUACUCCAUUUUAGAGCGUUCCCACCAGUGUUUUUUUCCUUGAGUGGGAACCAUUUUGGUAUAGUACGUUACUAUUCCACCAAUUAGUUUUGAAAAAUUUUCAUGCGGGUAUCCUUUUUUUCACACGUAACGAGUGGAAAAAACAUUACAAUUUUUUUUUCUCUCCUCUCGAAAAUUUUUGUUUAUUUACGCGAUUUCAUUAAGUAUAUAUAUUUGAUAAAAUAAAAUAUUCUUGUCACUUCUUGUUUUGUAGAAUUUUGACGUAGUUUUUUAAUAUAUAAUUUUAAUUUUUAUUGAUGUACCGUUUUAUAAAUAAAAUGAUUUCAAAAGGUGUGAUAUUUCUCCUUAUAAACCCCAAUUUAUAAUCAAAUUGGAGAUUGAGGGCCCAUUCGAUGUACAUUUUGAUAAGGAUACAAGUACAAGUAUGAAUUUAAAUAUUUUAAACAAACAGUCACAAACCGUUUGGUCAUCCGAACCCAGUGAACUAGCUAGGUCAUGAGCACAUUUUUUUCAACUUGAAUUCGAACUUGAGCUGACCGGCAUAGCUCUAACUUUCCUAAUUUCUCUAUGGAUUUUAGAAGUAAUUGUUCACUUGUCAUAAGGAACUGUUCAUUUGGGUUGUAAAAGUAGAGUUGGACAUUGAAAGAAACUGGUAGAAGUUAAAUGAAAGUGGAAGAAACUGAACACAAAUAGAAUGAGUUAGAAUAUUAGGAGUUGGAACAACUAGACGAAGUUGGGGAAAAAAAUAUUUGUGUCAUUUACUGCAUUUAUUAUUCCUGUGCUCCUUAUGAUGAUACAAAAGGUGUGACGGAUACCCUAACAAUGGGGUAUCCAGUUCAAGGAAGAAGACCUCAAAACCCAAAGAAGAAGACCCUACUAAGAGCCAAAGUCCGCCAUAAAGCAAGAUCGGCUGAACAAGCGCGAUGACCAAAUUUAUCUUCUCUCAGUGACUGUUCGACCAGGUCUGAGGGGGCCUUCGCCCCUCGGGAAUGUGGCUCAUCCUGUUUUGUGUGUAAAUAAAUAACAUUGCGUAGAAAACAAAUCCCGUCCAAAUCAUUUUAUAACACUAUUUCAUUAUUAGAAUUUUUUGUUUGAAUUUAAAUUUUUUAUUUUAUGUGGGAUUGUUGGGAAGCAAAAAAAAUUAAAUAUCAUGCCUUAGCCUUAAAGGAAAUUUUUCCUCUCCCAAAACCUAACGCCGUACCCCAAGCGCUGUGCGUCCAUCGCCGGCCACCUUCAAGCCUCUCUUUGACGAUCUAAGGCUUUCUCUCGUCGCAUCCCAUGGCACCCACCAUCACCAAGGACACACCCGUGGUUCAACUCCACGCCAAGACGCACUUUCCUAUCAAAUUGAUCUCCACCAACUUCUCCAUAUGGCAGCGCCAGGUUCGCUCCAUGCUCAUCGCUCUUGAUCUCAUCGGGUAUGUCGACGGCACUCUCCAUGCGCCACCGAAAGUCCUUGAAGGAGCGGCCAACCCUUGCUAUUCUAUAUGGUUCCGUCAAGAUCAAUCUAUCAUUGGAGCCUUACUUGGCAGCUGUUCCGAUCAGGUCCAGCCACUUAUCUCCACCUGUGAAACCGCGUGUGAGGCCUGGACGAAUCUUCAUGCUGCCUUUGCCAGCUCCAGCCGCGGCCGCAUCGUUUCCCUCAAAUCAAAAUUAGGCAAAAACCCUAAAGGUGAUCGUUCCAUGUCUGAUUAUCUCUUUUAUAUGCAAUCCAUUGCCAAUGAACUGGCCUUGGUUCAGAGUCCGGUUUCGGAGGAAGAUCUUGUUGUUCAUGUCCUCAACCAAGUGGGUGAUGAAUAUGACUCCAUCACCUCUGCUGCCCGUGUUCGUGCCGAACCGCUUUCGUUCAAAGAACUUGGGGACAUUCUAAAGGAGCACGAAAAGAAAAUUCAGCUGUCGGAAGCCACUCGCACUUUGUCUCUUGCCACUGCCAAUUAUACUCAGCAGCAGUCUGGUGGAGGUGGGAGUUCUCGGUUUGGUCAGCAUCACCGUGACGAAGGUCGUGACAGUGGAUCCUCCGCAAACCGUCGCGGUCGUGGGCAGACGACUGGCAGGCCCGCACGGCAAACCGCGGGCAGUGGAUGCCAAUUCUGCUCCAUCCCGGGUCAUGAUGUUCGAGAUUGUCGGAAGCUCGCCCGCUUCCUUCGUCAACAUGGUCUUGCUCCCCCGCCUGUGGCUCACUCCACAGAGUUUUGGGUCGCCGUUAAGUUUCUAACGGAGGGUUAACGGAAAUGCCCGUUUUAGGCAACAAAAUGAAAGUUGGGAUUAUUUUUGAUGAAUUUUUAUUUUUUAAUUUUUUUGAAAUUUUUAUUUAAAUUUUUUGAAUUACUUUCAACCUCCAUUUCUUUUUAUUUUUUAAAGAUUAUUCUUACCUUUGAAAAAAAUAGAUAUAAAAAAUAAUGAAAAUGAGAAAAAUAACUAAAAUCAUACAAAAUUAAUCAAAUAAAUAAUGUAAUCAAUAGAAAUUAAAUAGAAACUGGUAAG